AUGCCAACGCGGAAGAACUGUGAGACGACGAGCGGUCUGUGUCCCAACGGCAGAUGUAUCAACUUCAGGGACUCCUAUAUCUGCAACUGUAACCCCGGGUAUCGGUAUGACUCUCGGGAAAAGACUUGUGUCGAACGUCCCGGCAGUAUCUGUGAGACGAUGCUGAACCUGUGUCCUAACGGGCGAUGUCGGCCCAGCGGGAACAGCUACACGUGCGUGUGUAACCCCGGCUACAAACUGGACCCAGUCAGGAAAACUUGUGUUGCUGAGCGCAGCGCCAGUGUUUGUGAGAGCAGACCGGGGCUGUGCAGGAACGGACGGUGUGUGGACAGCCGCGGGUCGUACCUGUGUAUGUGUAACACCGGGUACAGACAGGACCUGGGCGGGAGGGCGUGCGUAGACAUUAACGAGUGCAGCUACCGGAACGGCAGGUGUCACCACGGCACCUGCGUCAACACCGCGGGGAGCUUCACCUGCAGCUGCGAUGACGGUUACAGGUUGUCUCCGGACCGAAAGAGCUGCAUCGACUUAGACGAGUGCCCAUCUCAGACAACCUGUACCAGCCCCAACCAAUGUCUCAACUUUAUGGGGAGUUACUACUGUAUGUGUUCGGCAGGGUAUAGACAUCACGGCGACAACACCAAAGCUUGCAUCGAGGAGGAGAUCAAUGAAUGUAGGAUUGAUCCAACUCUUUGUCAGAAUGGAGAAUGUAUCAACACACGGGGAUCCUUCGUGUGUAAAUGCGACCCCGGCUAUAAGACAGACGACACGAUGACUCAAUGCUUGGAUGAAGACGAGUGCCAACUCGACCCUACACUCUGUCCCAACGGCCGCUGCCACAACAGCCAAGGCUCGUAUGUUUGCAUCUGCGACAGAGGCUAUCGCUCCGAUGCAUCGCGGACACAAUGUCUCGAUGUAGACGAGUGUGAAGCCAAUGCGGGACUGUGUAGAGACGGAGAGUGCGUGAACACGCCUGGCGGGUACCGCUGCAGGUGUGACCAGGGAUACGUGCCCAGUCCUGACCAGAGAGCCUGUGUAGAUGUGGAUGAGUGUACCAUUGGAAACCCGUGCGGGCAGUCCGUGUGUCAGAAUCUCCCUGGACACUUCACCUGUGUGUGCACGCAGGGCCUGGUGUUUGAUGAGGACAGACAGAGAUGUGUGUCUGCUUGGCUGGCUGAGCAGACCCAGUCGCGGAAACAGUGCUUCUCAGAUUCGAAGGAUUUGGACUUUGGGUGCGGAGAAAACGCUGCAGGCUUCAACGUCACCAAAGAAGAGUGUUGCUGCAGCCUGGGUGUGGCAUGGGGAGACUCCUGUGAGCUGUUCAUGUGUCCAGGUAGAAAUGCAGCUGAAUAUCUGGAACUCUGUGCCUUGACUGGCUUCCUGAUGAAACAUGACCAGAAUAAUGAGAUGUACAUCGAAGAUAUAAAUGAAUGUGACUUGUUCAACAAUCCCUGCAACAAUGCGAUGUGUAGGAACACUCCAGGCAGCUACGUGUGCAUUUGUCCAGCUGGAUAUUUCCUCAACGAGCAAGAACUCACAUGCACCGAUAUCAAUGAAUGUGCCCAGUUCCCCUGUGGAUCGGGAACAUGUCUCAACCUUCCCGGCUCCUACGAGUGCAACUGUCUCGGCAACCAGAUUCCGGACCCAACCAAGAAGAGGUGUAUUGAGAGGCCGCUGACAUUGCCUCUGGAGCCUCCUGCAGCAUCAUAUGUUUUUGAACAACAUGAAGUUUGCUGGACCAGUGUGAUCGGCCCCAACCUGUUCUGCUCCAACGCCCUGCCAUUCAACAUGACCCGUGCACAGUGUUGCUGCCGCAGUGAUGUUCAGGCCUGGGGGGUGGACUGUCAACUCUGCCCCAAGCUUGGCACAGAUGCUUUCAGAGACCUGUGUGAACGAAUCAAGCCUGGAACCUCAGUAGACCAACAGGCCUUCUACAUAGAGAACAUAGUUUACCGGUUAUGCAAACAUGACAUGAUCAAACCUGGAAUGUUCCCCCCAGGCCCUGUGGCAGGCCAGGUGCCGCUUAUUCCGGGACAACAGCCCGGCAGACCGGGGUGGAUGAGACCUUACGUAGCGCCAGAAAGGGUCCAGCCUCCAGCCCAGCUACCGCCAGGCAUCCUGGCACCCAGACAGGGCCAACCCAGCGUCACCUACCUCCCGGCGGAGACUCCCUCGUUAGAACGGGAGUUUCCCUCGGAGCCGUUAGACGCUGACUGUCAGAUCGAGGGCGGCUGUGGGUUUGGCCGCUGCCUCAGGGUUGACGGGGGCGGCUACAUCUGCGACUGCUACUCUGGGUACAAGCUGGACAGCAACGGUUUGAAAUGUGUCGACAUGAAUGAGUGUGAGGAGCUGGGAGACCUGUGUAAAAAUGGCAAGUGUAUCAACACGGCCGGCUCUUACGUCUGUCAGUGUCACCCUGGUCAUGCACCGAAGCCAGAUCAACCCAACUUCUGUGUGGAGCAACAGGGCACAGAAACACCCACACAAGAUUCACUGUCCAGAACGGAGGAAUGAUGAUGAGCUGUGCUGUCAUCUGUUAUCAUUACAUGUCGUAAAAUGUUGAACCUUAUUCCAACACAAAGUCACACAGAAAUCAAAUUAUGAAUGACCACUGUCGCCUUCAU